AUGCCAUGGCCUUUUGACGAAACUACACGAAAAGAUUACACUGUAGGCGACAAUGAUGGCGAUUUUUCCAUGGUUGCUGAUCAGCUCAAGAAUGAGAUUCUAACACCGCUAAGCAACAAAUCUUCUAAAAACAAACAAAAUCUUCAAGCACCUCAUGCUCCUCAGCGCCAAAGUACUAAUUCUCUUCCACCGCUUCAUUUCGAUGCAAUUCCACCCAAACAACAACAACAAUCUCUUUAUCCAAAGUUUAACCAACCUCAUCUGCAACAAUCUACGAUACCAGAACCUGUGACACCGCUGCGGACUUUUACUCAAAAUGCUUACGACGAUCCUAUUGGAAUCAUGAAAACACCGGGAACCGCAGGACGUAAUAAGAAUGUGUCUUUUGCUCCCGAUCGAGGUGGUGGUGGUAAUGGACAAAUUGGGGGUGGAUUUUCCAACGGUGGUAUCCUUGGAGGGUUUGGCAUGAACAAUACUACAAAUCAUAACAACAAUCACAUUAACAUUGAUACUACUACUACUACUACUACUACUACUAAUCAUAAUAAUAAUAAUAAUAAUAAUAAUAAUAAUAAUAAUAAUAAUAAUAAUAAUAAUAAUAAUAAUAAUAAUAAUAACAACAACAAUAUCAACAAUUUCAAUAACCACAUUAUAGAUUUAUCCAAAGCAGCACCAUUAUACCAAGCUACCCCUAAGAACGCGCCAUUACCUCCAUCAUCAUCGGAUAUCUUAGGAAUUAGACAAAAACUUAACUUUGGAGGAGACCGCGUGCAGGAUCCGCGACGGCCGAUUGCUAUGCAAAAGAAACCAACACCUUCAUAUCCGCUUGGUAGGUUUUACUAUGGCAAUGUGAAUGGCACAGGAAAUGGUCAUCAAUAUGGUAGUAGCAACAAUAAUGAUCAUCUUAAUAACUUAAAUAAUAACAAUUUCAACAAAUUUAAUGACAUUCGCAAUACCAACAAUACCAACAAUACCAACAAUAAUAAUUAUAAUAACUAUAACAACAACAUUAACAAUGAUAAUAACAACGACGGCGAUAAAUCAAUAUUUGACACAACCACAGGAAGUGCUAGUAGAUUCAUGGUUUCGUUGUUACCGGCUGGAUUCCCAGGUAAACUUCCAUCGAAAAGAACAGUACGUGCGAAAGAACGUCAAGAUGCACUUGAACGACUAAAGAACGAAGAACAACAAAACAAGCAACAACCACAACCACUACAACAACCACAACCACAACCACAGCAACAACAUCAGCAUCAAUACACCCAGAUACAAGAAAAGGAAAAUACGCGACCUACAAGCUCAUCAACAGGAAUUAACCCUCUCACGCGGUACUUUGGCAACUAUAAUAGUACGAAUCCCCAAAAGAGCAAAAAAAUGAUCAGUAGAGAGACACAAACUUCGUUUGUGCAGGAAGAAAAUAAACAGGAAAUCACCUCUGAAAAACUUGCACAAAUGAAUGAACAGUCCAACAAAAUGGCAUUGAUUGAACAACUUUUAAUGCGAAACACUAGUGACUUGCGAGCUUUUGUUCUUUCUGAAAAUACGCGUGAGGGAGAAAAACAGAAAGAAAAAAGCAAAUCUUCAGCACGAAUUUCAGAGCUUGAGCGAGAUUUAGAGAUUUGCGCCCAAUAUCUUCAAGAAAUGAUUGUUGAGCGAGAUAAUGCGGCUGAAUGGGGGUACCAAAAGGACGAAGAAUAUAAUGAAUUGAAGCAUAAACUUGCUCGACAAAUGAAGAUCAACACUCGACUGAUGAGGCGAAUGGCAGAUGCUGGGAUCUCGAUGGAUGAGCGUGGAGAAAUUCAGUUGAAUGCCCAAGGUGUCAAGGACGAAAACUUGGUGCUGAUACAAGAACUUGACGAAAGAGACAAGGAGAUUGAUGGUCUGAGGAAGCAAGUGGAGGAGUUGAAGAGGUCACAAAGAGAAAUGUUUAUUGAGCGGCAAGAACAUGAGGGGUUGAUUGAGGAGCUGCAGCGGCAAGUUUAUGAGAGUGAGAGCAACGGUAAAAGUAAUAAUAAAGAUAAUAAGGACGAUGAGGGGAAGUUGAUAAUUUUACAUUUUCAAGAAUGUGCAGUGAUUUUGGAACAUCUUUCUCAAGUUGAGCGCACAGAGGUGGUCAAGUACAUUUACCGCAGCAACAAGUAUUUGCGUGAUAUUGAGAGGCAUCUUGAGCGGCAAGCUGUUAUGGAGACUGGAACAACGACCACAAGGAGGAAUAUAAGUGAGGAAAGGGAGGCAUUAGAGCAGGCUUUAAUGAGAACAACACGGCGGAUCAAAAGCCGGCUUGAGCGGCUUGUUGAGUUGAUAAAAUUGGGAAAGAAGAAACAACAAGGAAUAGGCCAAGGAAUAAGUCAAGGAAGAAGUCAAGAAACCAAUAACCUGAAUGGAAAAACAGUGAUUGACUUUGGGGAUAUAGUGAGGGAGUUUAAAAUGAUUUCAGAUGAGUUGUGGGAUGUAUAUACUCAAGCUACGGGACUCAAGAUUAGUUGA